AUGCCGUCUUCAGACUUCGAGUCAGAAUACUCUGAUGAUGAUUUUGUAGUGCCCAGUACCCCCGACGGUGAUGGACCUCCUCGCCCUGCCAAACGGCGUCGCGUGCAACUCCCCUCACGCGGGGAAGAAGAUGAUGGCGAGGAGACUGUUUCCGAGACUGACUCUUUCUCUGAUUUUGACGAGGAUCUACCGAACUAUCACGAAUCCCGGGAAGCAUUAGAAGACCAACGAUCAAAGUCUCGGAGCUUCGUACCCAAACAGCGCAACUUCCAGGAAAACAUGUUUGUUACUCAACUCACACAACCUCACUCCAGCCCUGAGCGGAUUCGCGGCCCCGAUCCUGAUCCGCCACCUCCUCUACCUAUGGCCCCCUCUCCUCACCUUUCUCCCACAAAUGCGACGAGGAGAGAAUCUAAUCACUACUACGACGAGGAGGAAGAGCUGCGAGCAGCGUUGGCAGCAUCGCUAGACGCAUUCGAAGAAGAAAAGUCAUUCAGAACUGCGGUGAACACUAGUAAAUCGAAAUGUACAGGCCCGCCUCGACCUGUGUCACAUCAUGAGCAGAGGAAUGACUCCAUGGACGUCUCAUUUGAGUUGGAAGAUUUACCGGAGGAUGCUUUCGAUUCCUCGCCAGCUCUGUCGCCGGCUGUAUGUAAAGCUCAAUGUCCAACAUUUACAUCGAGCUUCCCGAGGCCUCCAAAUCGACCGCAGCAUCUCCGACAAACUACACUUUUUGGCAUGACUGCCCAGAACGGACCGCCCACGCCACGUGAAGAAGACUUUGCGCUGCCUGAGAAAGUCGAACCCCCGACACAUCAUAAAUUGAACAAAGAUGCACUCGAUCAAUGGUGGUAUCCAACAAAUCUGGGCACUAUUCGAGACUACCAGUUCAAUAUCACCCAGAAAGGCCUCUAUCACAAUUUACUGGUAGCCUUGCCAACUGGACUGGGAAAGACGUUCAUUGCGGCAACAAUCAUGCUCAACUGGUUUCGGUGGACCAAGGACUCUCAAAUUAUUUUUGUAGCUCCCACGAAACCACUAGUUUCGCAGCAGGUGACAGCAUGUCUGGAUAUUGCUGGAAUUCCGCGAUCCCAGACUACAAUGCUUACUGGAGGUGCAUCGCCUGGCAUUCGUGCGGAGGAGUGGCAAUCGAAGCGAGUAUUCUUCAUGACUCCCCAGACAUUGAUCAACGAUUUGAAGACCGGAAUCGCAGAUCCAAAGCGCAUCGUUCUACUGGUUGUAGAUGAGGCGCACCGUGCUACUGGAGGCUACGCCUAUGUCGAAGUGGUCAAAUUUUUGCGAAGGUUCAACAAAAGUUUCCGUGUUCUCGCGCUGACUGCCACGCCUGGCUCUACCGUGGAAUCUGUACAGGCAGUAAUUGAUGGCCUCGACAUUUCGCGAGUGGAAAUUCGCACCGAAAGUUCAAUUGAUAUUCGGGAUUACGUGCACUCUCGUAAUAUCGAAAUUGAGACAUUUGAGAACUCGGAUGAGAUGCUCUUUUGCAUGGACCUUUUAUCAACGACGUUGCGACCUCUAGUGGAUCAACUUCGAACAAUGAAUGCUUAUUGGGGCCGAGAUCCAAUGGGCCUGACAGCGUUUGGUCUUACGAAAGCAAGACAACAAUGGAUGGCAUCCGAUGCCGGCCGAAAUGCCAACUUCGGACUCAAAGGAAAGGUCAAUGCAAUUUUCACUGUCCUGGCAAGUCUGGCUCAUGCCAUAGACUUGUUGAAGUUCCACGGAAUCGUCCCAUUCUAUCGCCACAUCCUGCAUUUCAAAUCGAACACCGACGGACAGAAAGGUGGCAAGUGGCAGAAACAGGUUGUACAGGAUGAGAGUUUCAAGAAGCUCAUCAGCCAUCUCGAGCCCUGGUCCAAAAACCCAGAGUUUAUUGGCCACCCGAAAUUGGAGUACCUCAAAUCCGUAAUCCUGAAUCACUUUAUGGAUAGAGGCGAAGGCAACGAAAAUAUUGAUGGUAACAGUCAACCAGCAACGCGAGUUAUGAUAUUUGUGCAUUUUCGUGACAGCGCCGAAGAAGUCACGAGAGUGUUGAAGCGAUACGAGCCCAUGAUUCGACCGCAUGUGUUCGUGGGCCAAAGUAGCGCCAAAGGCUCAGAGGGAAUGGAUCAGAAGACCCAACUGAAGAUCAUCCAAGAGUUCAAGAAGGGCACUUACAAUACCAUCGUCGCCACAUCCAUCGGUGAAGAAGGAUUGGAUAUUGGUGAGGUCGAUCUCAUCGUGUGUUAUGACUCCUCUGCAUCGCCAAUUCGCAUGCUGCAACGAAUGGGUCGAACUGGCCGUAAGAGAGCCGGGAACAUUACGUUGCUCCUUAUGAAGGGCAAAGAGGAAGACUCAUACAUCAAAGCGAAGGACAACUAUGAGAAAAUGCAACAGAUGAUAGCCAGCGGCUCUCGGUUCACGUUUCAUGAUGAUCGAUCUGCUCGUAUCCUACCUGCCGGGGUACGUCCAGUGGCCGACAAGCGGAUCAUCGACGUCCCCCCAGAGAAUUCCCAGCGCGAACUGCCCGAGCCAAAGCGCAAAGGACGUGCGCCUAAAAGGCCACCUAAGAAAUUCAAUAUGCCUGACGAUGUGGAGACUGGCUUUACUCGAGCAUCAAGACUUGAAGCAGGUUUCAGUAAAGCCAAGCCGAGAAAGCUUACUCCUGCAAAACGCGUUCGAACUCCAACACCAGAACCAGUCGAAGUCCCAUCUCUGGACGAAGUGGUUCUUAACGAUAAAGAACAACGAGAUCUCGAGCGGCUUUAUCAAAAUAUUGGAGACACAUCGCCACAAUACAUCAGCGUCCCACGCAAUGAUGCAUUUCCUCACCUCCAGCUUGUUCCGAGACCGACCAAGUUUGUUCCGCAUGGCUCCCUUACCUCUCGAAUGAUUGGGACUCUGCAAAAAAUGAAGCAGGCUGGACCUGACUGCGAGGAUUACUACAGGCAAAUCCUGGCUCGAGAACCCAUCGAACCCAAAGAGACAUCAACAACAGAGUAUCGGCGCAGCAAUAAUUCAAAAAGACCAUCGAAGAAUUCAACUUCUUGCCAAAGGGCAGACCUAGACUCUGAUAUUCAACACAAACGAUCAUCUCCCCUCUUUGUUGGCGACUUUGACGAUGAUUCUGACUCUGAUCUACCGGACAUAAACACGCUCCUUAGUAGUGCGUCAAAGGCUAAGGCUCAGGUUGCUCAGAAUGCCCAAAAUCCUAGGGCAGAGAUUGAAGAUGACAACGAAGACGAUUCGUGGAUACUUUGA